AUCUUGGCGUCACACAGAGCGGAGGCAACGCUGUCAGACGCCACGUUGACCAUCCUAGGAAUAACUCCAAUUUUUCCUCCAUACAUCAAGAUUCCAUCAUUUCCGCACGCAGAUGCUGGGUGGAGAACUUUCGGGUUUUAUUCUGCCGUUCCCGGAUCACAUGCUCCCAUCGGCUCAUUUGUAUGUGAACCUAGUUUAAGGUGGAUUAUCAUGCCUGCAAUUGGUGACUGUCUGGAUGGAGAUUUAGGAGCCGCGCGGCAAGCCGGUGGAGGAACGUUUUGCUUUUGACGUGCGUCGUGCCUCUCCGCGGAGCAGCCGAGCGAUUGGCGUGAUUUUUUUUUUUACACCCGUGCGGAGUCGACGAGCUCCCACUUGCAGCGUAUCAUUUUGGCUUGGAGACCCCCCCCUCUACUCUUCCACACACAACCCCUCCCCUUCCCCUCACUCUCUUCUCCCCAGGUGUGAAAUAUAUACCAAGCAGACUCGGUGCCUGCAAGACAUGGUUCAUACCAGCUGCCAGAUCCGAGCCUCCUCCAUGCAUUGGGAUUUUUCUCAGCACCCACACCGAGUGAAUCACCCUUUUCUGACCAUCUGAGAACUAUCCAUACAGUGUAGACCCGGCGGAGGAAGCUUUGCCAUGGACACCGCUUUGAGCCGGGACGGGGCAACGGGACCCACGGAAUGCCAGAUUUGGAUUUUGAAAGGGGGAGCCCGUCGGUGGAGCAGGGUGAUGCUUGUGCUCUACAUGUGGCUUCUGAGCGCGUCAGUAAAGGCUCAGAACUGUAGCUACACACUACACAGUCCCAACGGGACGAUAGAGAGCCCCGGCUACCCUUACGGUUAUCCCAACUACGCCAACUGCACGUGGGUGAUUGUGGCGGAUGAGCACAAUCGGAUACAGUUGGUGUUUCAAGGCUUUGCCCUGGAAGAAGACUUUGACAUCUUGUCCAUUUAUGAUGGACCAUCCAGUGCCGGGAACCUGCGGACAAGGUUAACCGGUUUCCAGCUACCAUCGCCCAUCGUAAGUACGGGCUCCAGGCUGACUUUGUGGCUCCUGUCCGACUACGCCGUGAGCGGCCAGGGAUUCAAAGCAUCCUACGAAGCUUUGCCUAGCUACACGUGCGGCAAUCCUGGAGUGCUUCUCAACGGACACCAGCAAGGGACCACGUUCAACAUCGGAGACAAAAUCCGCUACAGCUGCAACCCGGGUUAUGUUUUGGAGGGUCACACAACUUUGUCUUGUCUUGCCACUUCAGCCGGUACUGCCGCGUGGGAUUUCCCUCUGCCCUACUGCAGAGCGGACGACGGGUGCGGUGGGACACUCCGAGGUCAGAGUGGAGUGAUCACCACUCCCAAUUACCCCGCUGAGUACAACAAUAAUGCUGACUGCACGUGGACCGUCCUGGCCGAGCCAGGAGACACCAUAGCCCUGGUGUUCUCUGACUUUCAUCUGGAGGAUGACUACGACCUGCUGGAGGUCAGCGGUACCGAGGGCUCGUCGCAGUGGUUCACUGGCCCGAACCUCCCCUCUCCCAUUAUUAGCAGCAAGAACUGGCUUCGUCUGCAUUUUACAUCGGACGGCAACCACAAACUGAAAGGUUUCAGCGCUCAAUACCAAGUGAAGAAGAUGACUGAGCUGAAGUCUCGGGGUGUCAAGAUGUUACCGAGCAAAGACAACUAUCACAAGAUCUCAGUCUUGUCUCAAAUGGGUGUGGCACAAGGACACAACAUGUGUCCCGACCCUGGCGUCCCAGAUCGAGGCAAAAGAAAAGGCUCUGAUUUUAGGCGGGGUGCCACCGUGCAUUUCUCCUGUGACGAGGGUUAUGAGCUGCAGGGUUCCAAGAGCAUCAGUUGCCUGCGAGUGACUGACAGCUACGUGGGCUGGAGUGACGAGCGGCCCAUCUGUAGAGCCCCAAUGUGUGGAGGUCAAUUAAAAGGACCGAGCGGUGUCAUGACGUCUCCAAAUUAUCCGGUCCAAUACGACAACAAUGCUAACUGCACUUGGGUCAUCACUGCGACAGAUACGUCUAAGGUGAUCAAGCUGACCUUUGAGGACUUUGACCUGGAGCGAGGCUAUGACACACUGACAGUAGGGGAUGGCGAUGUGGUGGGGGACCAGAAAACCAUCUUUCAUGUUCUGUCAGGUACCACCACUCCGGAUCUGGUGGUCAGUACCAGUCAUCAGAUGUGGCUCAAUUUCAAAACGGAUGAUACCAGCGGAUCUCUGGGCUUCAAGGUUUCUUACGAAGAAAUUGACCAAGGCAGCUGCGGUGACCCCGGCAUCCCCGCUUACGGUAAACGUGAGGGGACAGGUUUUCGUCACGGCGACAGGCUGUACUUUGAAUGCUUGCCUGCUUUUGAGCUGGUGGGGAAGAAGAACAUUACCUGCCAGAAGAACAACCAGUGGUCGGCCAAGAAACCCAGCUGCGUUUUUUCCUGUUUCUUCAACUUCACCACACCCUCGGGAGUUCUUCUAUCCCCAAACUACCCGCAAGAGUACGGCAACAACAUGCAUUGUGUUUGGUUGAUCAUAACCAACCCGGAAAGUCGAAUCAAUUUGGCUUUCAACGACCUGAGCAUGGAGAAACAAUUUGACUUCCUCUCUAUUAAAGAUGGCGGAAAGGCUGAGUCUCCAAUUCUGGGCACCUUCUCGGGCGACGUUCUGCCACCUCCAUUGACCACCAGUGCCCACGUCGCCCGCCUAGAGUUCUUGACCGACCACACGUAUACCAACCGAGGCUUUAACAUCACUUUUACGACAUUUCGCCACAAUGAGUGCCCCGACCCGGGAGUCCCAGUUAACGGGAAACGCUUUGGUGAGAGUCUUCAGCUGGGAAGUUCCAUCACAUUCCUUUGCGAGGAGGGAUUUGUUAAAACCCACGGCUCGCAAACUAUAUCGUGCAUCCUCAAGGAUGGCAAUGUGGUUUGGGACAAUGCUUUUCCCAGAUGUGAAGCCCCCUGCGGAGGAGAGUUGAAGGCUCCCACUGGGAUCAUUCUCUCCCCCGGCUGGCCAGAACUCUAUAAGGAGGCUCUUAACUGUGAAUGGAUCAUUGAAGCUCCUCCAGGCUACCCCAUCAAGAUCAUAUUUGACAAGUUCCGCACUGAGGUCAACUACGAUGUCCUCGAGGUCCGCGAUGGCCGCUUUCCCUCUUCACCCCUGAUUGGAAGUUACCAGGGCACUCAAGUUCCUCAGUUCCUCAUCAGCACCUCCAGCUUCUUGUAUCUCCUCUUCUCCACCGACAAAAGUCACUCCGACAUCGGUUUCCGAAUACGCUACGAAACUUUGCAGCUGCAGUCAGAUCACUGCGUGGACCCGGGCAUACCCGUCAACGGACUCCGCCACGGAAAUGACUUCUACGUGGGAGCUCUGGUGACCUUUAGCUGUGACGCCGGCUAUACGCUCAGCGAUCCGGAGCCUCUGGAAUGUGAACCCAAUUUUCAGUGGAGCCGCCCACUGCCUAGCUGCGAUGCUCUUUGCGGGGGUUACAUCCAGGGCAACUUUGGUACCAUCCUUUCUCCGGGCUUCCCCGAUUUUUACCCGCACAAUCUCAACUGCACUUGGAUAAUCGAGACCUCUCACGGCAAAGGUGUCCAGUUUAACUUCCACACGUUCCAUCUGGAGAGCCCUCACGACCAUUUAUUGGUGACAGAGAACAGUAGCUUCUCGCAGCCUCUUUGGAGAUUGACAGGCUCCACAUUGCCUCCGCCUCUCAGCGCCGGACUUUUUGGGAACUACACGGCUCAGAUUCGCUUCCUCUCGGAUUUCUCCGUUUCGUACGAGGGGUUCAACAUCACAUUCUCUGAAUAUGAUCUGGAACCAUGUGAAGAUCCGGGAAUCCCGCCUUACAGUACCAGAAAGGGUCUUCAGUAUGGAGUGGGUGACGCCCUCAUCUUUUCCUGUUUCCCGGGUUACAGACUGGAGGGUCCAGCAAGAGUGGUGUGCUUAGGGGGUCGGAGGCGGGUCUGGAGCUCCCCUCUGCCAAGGUGUGUUGCUGAAUGCGGCUCCUCCGUGACCGGCAUGCAAGGGGUGCUGCUCUCCCCCAACUACCCCGGUUACUACGGCAACAACCACGAGUGCAUCUACUCCAUCCAGACGCAACCGGGGAAAGGUAUCCAGCUCCGAGCGCGAGACUUUCGACUGGAGGAGGACGAUCAACUCAAAGUGUUUGAUGGCAGCAGUAAUUCGGCUCGUCUGCUCGGAGUGUUUACGGGCAAUGAAAUGCUUGACACAACCCUGAACUCCACCUCGAGCUCCAUGUGGCUGGAGUUCAUCACCAAUGCAGAUAAUACCAGCAAAGGCUUUGAGCUACACUUCACCAGCUUUGAGCUGGUGAAAUGUGAAGAUCCCGGCGUCCCCCAAUUUGGCUACAAGCGAGAAGACAAGGGUCAUUUUGCAGGGAGCACCGUGUCGUAUAGCUGCGACCCUGGCUACACUCUAAAAGGCCCCGAGGUUCUCACUUGCCUGAGGGGGGAUAGGAGGGCAUGGGACAGCCCCUUGCCACUUUGUAUCGCUGAAUGUGGGGGGACUAUUAAGGACGAGGCCACCGGUAGGAUCCUGUCUCCAGGUUACCCAGCCCCAUAUGAACACAACCUGCACUGCGUGUGGACGAUCGAGGCCGCUCCGGGAAGCACCAUUAGUCUCCAUUUCUUGGUUUUCCACACCGAAGAGAUCCACGACGUGCUUCGGAUCUGGGAUGGGCCCCAGGACGGAGGGGUUCUGCUGAGGGAGUUGAGCGGCUCGGCAUUACCGCCAGAUGCUCAUAGCACUUUUAAUACCAUCAGUCUGCAAUUCACCACUGACUUCUUCACUAGCAAACAAGGCUUUGCUCUGCAGUUCUCUGUCUCUACCGCCACCUCAUGCAAUGACCCGGGCAUGCCGACUAAUGGAACCCGCAGCGGUGACAGUAGGGAACCAGGAGACCAUGUGGUUUUCCAGUGUGACCCCGGCUAUAUCCUGAAGGGUGCCAACAGAAUCAUCUGCACUGAAAUCAGUGGCCGCUAUUUCUGGCAACCAGACCCUCCGACUUGUAACGCUCCAUGCGGAGGCAACCUGAGUGGUCCAAGCGGGCUCAUCCUUUCCCCGGAUUAUCCGGAACCGUACCCUCAUGGGAGGGAGUGCGACUGGACUGUUACUGUCACGGAGGACUAUGUCAUCGCCCUCAGCUUCAACCAAUUCAGUUUGGAGCCCAGUUAUGACUUCUUGCAUAUCUACGAUGGGCCAAAUUCCCUCAGCCCUUUGCUGGGAAGCUUUUAUGGCACGGAUGUUCCCGAGCGAAUCGAGAGCAGCUCCAACAUGCUUUUCUUGGCCUUCCGCAGCGAUGCCUCCCUCAGCAGCAAUGGAUUUGUGCUUCAGUACACAGAGAACCCGAGGGAGUCUUGCUUCGAGCCGGGUGCGGUACGCAACGGGUCGCGGGUGGGAACCGAACUCAAGCUGGGCUCCGUCGUAAACUACCGCUGCGACAGUGGCUACACGCUAGAGGGAGAACAAACCCUCACAUGCAUCAUGGGACCAGAUGGCAAGCCAAGCUGGAACGAACCCAAACCCAUCUGCACUGCACUUUGUGGUGGACAGUAUUCUGGUUUGGAAGGAGUGGUCCUGUCUCCUGGUUACCCUGGCAACUACAGCAGUGCAAGGACAUGUCUUUACUCGGUGGUUGUUCCUCAAGAUUAUGUGGUCUUCAGCCAGUUUGCAUUCUUCCAGACAGCCUUGAACGAUGUCGUGGAGGUUUUCGAUGGGUCGACGCAGUCUUCUCGUGUUCUUAGCUCCUUGUCUGGAGCGCACACAGGCGAGUCUUUGCCGUUGGCGACGUCCAACCAAAUCCUGAUACGCUUCACCUCGAAAGGUCAAUCCAGCUCGAGGGGAUUCCACCUGGUCUACCAAGCCGUGCCACGGACCAGCGCAACCCAGUGCAGCUCGGUCCCCGAGCCCCGGAAUGGCAGACGGAUGGGCAAUAAUUUUGCCGUUGGCGCUGUGAUUCGCUUUGAAUGCAGCCCAGGUUAUGUGCUCGAGGGAUCGGCCGCCAUUGAAUGUUUGACAGUGCCCAACGCGCUGGCACAGUGGAACAGCUCCAUCCCUAGCUGCAUAGUUCCAUGUGGAGCUAAUCUUACCCAUCGUACCGGGACUAUUUUAUCACCCGGGUUUCCAGAGCCUUACCUCAACAGCCUCAACUGUGUCUGGAAGAUUACCGUUCCUGAGGGAUCAGGAAUCCAGAUCCAGGUCAUCAGUUUUGUCACAGAACAGAACUGGGACUCAUUGGAGGUGUUUGAUGGAGGAGACAACACUGACACCUUGCUUGGAAGUUUCUCAGGCACGACAGUUCCAGCGCUCCUCAACAGCACUUCCAACCAGCUGUACCUCCAUUUUUUCUCCGAUAUUAGCGUCUCUGCUGCCGGAUUCCGUCUGGAAUACAAAACCGUGUCACUGACCAACUGCCCUGAACCGAUCAUUCCGAUGAACGCUAAUAAAAUCGGGGAGCGUCUUCAAAUGAACAAUGUGGUGUCUUUUCAGUGUGAACCCGGAUACACGCUGCAGGGGAAUUCGCACAUCACCUGUAUGCCUGGAACCGUCCGAAGAUGGAACUACCCUCCGCCUCUAUGCAUAGCCCAAUGUGGAGGAAUUCGGGAGGAGCUGGAGGGCAUGAUACUCAGCCCCGGUUUCCCUGGCAACUACCCUAGCAACAGUGACUGUACAUGGAGAGUCUACCUGCCGGUUGGUUACGGAGCCCACUUACAGUUCCUCAAUUUCUCUACUGAAGCCAAUCACGAUUUCCUGGAAAUACGCAACGGACCUCUGGACACGAGUACCGUCAUUGGACGAUUCAGCGGGCAGGAUGUUCCUUCCUCGCUUCUCACCACCUCGCAUGAGACCACCGUUUAUUUCCAUAGCGACCAUUCACAGAACAAGCCGGGGUUCAGGUUCGAGUACCAAGCUUAUGAACUACAGGAGUGCCCGGAUCCAGAGCCAUUCCGCUACGGUGUGGUCGUGGGGGCGGGCUUCAACGUGGGCCAGUCCAUUUCCUUCGAGUGUCUACCCGGAUACCAGCUGGUGGGACAUUCCAUCCUAACCUGCGAACACGGCACGACCCGGAAUUGGGACAACCCUUUCCCUCGCUGUGAAGUGCCUUGUGGUGGAAACAUCACAUCGGACAACGGGACCAUCUUCUCUCCACGCUACCCAGAACAAUACCUCAACUCUGCCGAUUGCUCCUGGUUGAUCACCGUAGCUCCUGGUUUUGGAAUCAAGCUCAACUUCACCCUACUUCAUGUCCACGGCCCGCACGAUUUCAUAACUGUUUGGGACGGCCCACAAGAAUCGGCGAGGAAACUCGGCGUGUUCACUGAUGGAGAGUCCAAUGAUCCUCCGAGGAGCACAUCAAAUCAAGUCCUGAUCCGUUUUCGAAGCAACACGGAGAAAGGUGGAUUGUUUCACAUCAACUAUCAAGCUUAUAGGCUGCAGUUCUGUCUGCCACCGACCAUCAUUCCCAAUGCGGAGAUCCUGAUGGCUAGCAAAGAGUUCAAAAUAGGUGACAUUGUGCGUUACAGAUGCAUCCCAGGCUACCAGCUAAGCGGCAAUGACAUCCUCACUUGUCGCUUGGGGGCGCACUUAGAGUUUGAAGGACCUCCACCGUCAUGUGAUGUAACCUGCCCCAUGAAUGAGGUAUUGACAGCAUCCACAGGGGUCAUCAUGAGCCAAUCACCAGGCACCGGCUUCCCUCAUUUUGAGUCGUGUUCAUGGGUCAUCAAAGUGGAACCCGGAUACAACAUCACGUUUACCAUCGAGCAUUUCCAGACCAGCCGUCAAUUUGAUGAGCUUGAAAUAUUUGACGGUCCUUCAAGACAGAGUCCUCUUCUGAUUACACUUAGUGGAAACUACUCCAAUCCCCUCAGCAUCACCAGUUCCAAUAACAAAGUCUACCUUCACUGGUCCUUCGAUCACACGACAAGCCAUAAAGGUUUCCGCAUACGCUACUCGGCGGCCUACUGCAGCCCACCCAACAACCCCGUAAAUGGCAGCGUGCACAGCCUGACAGGCACCAAACUGGGAAGUACUCUCCGCUUCAACUGUGACCAAGGCUUCCGACUCAUUGGCCAGAGCAGCGCCACCUGCACCCGCAACGCCCAAGGGAUCUAUCAGUGGAAUGCACCAGUGCCACUCUGCCAAGUUACAUCCUGCGGAAUGCCCGUGCUUCCGGUGAACGGUAGCAUUGUGGGUCAGGACUUCUCUUUAGGAGCCAGGGCGAAAUAUCAAUGCAAUCCCGGAUUCCGGCUUGCAGGACCGGUCACCACGACAAUGAUCUGUCAGGAAUCCGGAAGGUGGAGUCCCAUCGAGGCCCCUCCCAGAUGCGUUCCGGUGACGUGCCCUGAUAUCGGCCACUCCGCGGUAGAGCACGGACGAUGGAGAUUAAUUUAUGGAUCCCAGAACCAAUAUGACGCUAUCAUGGUGCUCAUAUGUGACCCGGGGUAUUACUACAGGGGGCAAAGGGUCAUUCAGUGUCAAGCUAAUAGCACUUGGAACUACCCAGAUCCACGACCUUUCUGUGAUAUCAUUUCCUGUGGUGACUUGGGGACUCCACCAAAUGGUAACAAGAUAGGAACGCUGACUGUGUAUGGAGCCACUGCAAUUUUUUCCUGCAAUACAGGUUACACUUUAGUCGGCUCCCGUGUUCGGGAGUGCAUGUCCAAUGGACUUUGGAGCGGAACACAAGUCCAGUGUCUGGCUGGCCACUGUGGCAGCCCUGAGCCAAUUGUAAACGGGCAAAUAAAUGGGGAAAACUACAAUUACAGAGGUAGCGUUGUGUACCAGUGUAACCCUGGAUUUCGUCUCAUCGGGGUUUCUGUGCGGAUCUGUGAGCAGGAUCAUCGCUGGUCAGGACUAACCCCAGUUUGUGUUCCUAUAACUUGCGGUCAUCGUAAUCCCACUUUUGGUAUGACGCAAGGAAGCCAGUUUAGCUUAAACGAUGGCGUCCGCUUUGUCUGCAAUACCGGAUAUGUUCUUCAGGGAGCUGUUAAAUCAACCUGCCAGUCCAAUAGCCAGUGGAGUAAUCCUCUCCCUCGAUGUAAAACUGUGAACUGCACGGAGCCAGGUCAUGUCGAAAACAGCGUUAGGCAAGUCUUACCCAGUGGACCACAUCGCUACAGCUUCCAGACCACCGUGACGUACCGCUGCAACCCGGGCUACUACCUACUCGGGACAAGUUCUAUUUCCUGUCAAGGCGACGGUACCUGGGACCGCUCCCUCCCAAAGUGCCUUUUGGUGUUGUGUGAGCGCCCGAGCAUACCACCCUACGCCCAGAUCUCGGGCGACCGGCGAACCGUCGGAUCGGUCAUCCGCUACAGCUGCAUCGGCCAACGUAGCAUCAUUGGCAACACGACCCGUAUGUGCCAGCUGGAUGCGCAAUGGAGCGGCUCACCACCACAUUGCUCCGGUGACUCGGCAGGCCUUUGUGGAGAUCCAGGUGUUCCCGUGCAUGGCAUCCGGUUGGGGGAGGAAUUUACAGUGGGCAGUGCGGUGCGCUUCAGCUGUGAGCCGGGUUACACGCUCAAAGGUUCUCCAGAGCGAACGUGCCUGGCCAACGGAACUUGGCUUGGUACUCAACCUGAGUGCCAUGUCAUAUCCUGUGGAAACCCCGGAACCCCUCGGAAUGCCCAGAUCCUGAUCCACGAUGGGCUAACCUUCUCCAGAUCCAUAAGUUACGCCUGCAGGGAUGGCUACUACUCUACUGGCCUGCUGACCCGACACUGUACAAUAAAUGGUACCUGGACCGGCAACAUGCCCGAGUGCUCAGUAAUCAACUGUGGUGACCCUGGAGUUCCAGCUAAUGGAGUGAGACUGGGAAGUGAUUUUAUUUACAAUCAGACCGUUAGUUACCAGUGUUCUCCUGGGUUCACCAUGGAUGCUGAUCGGGCCUCCACCCUUAUUUGCACCAAGGCUCGAACCUGGAAUGGAACCAAGCCUCUGUGCAAAGCAAUAGUCUGCGGUUCUCCGCCAGUCAUUCCGAAUGGACAAGUCGUAGGUACGGAUUUUAACUGGGGCUCCAGCAUUAGCUACUCGUGUAACCAAGGUUACCAGCUAUCAUUGCCCACCGUGCUAACUUGCCAAGGCAAUGGGAAUUGGAGUGGGGAGAAACCACAGUGCUUCCCCGUGUUUUGUGGAGACCCGGGCUUUCCUGCCCAAGGGAGGAGGGAAGACCGAGGUUUCACCUAUCUGUCCUCGGUCUCCUUUUCAUGCAUAGCCCCUCUGAUCCUGGUGGGCUCGACCAGGAGGUAUUGCCAAUAUGAUGGCACCUGGAGUGGAACGCAGCCCUCUUGCAUAGAUCCCACUCACACCUCUUGCACAGAUCCGGGCAGCCCCCUCUUUGGUAAUCAAAACAACAGUCAAGGCUAUCAGAUCAGCAGCACUGUGUUCUUCAGCUGCAGAAAAGGUUACUUGCUGCAGGGUUCAAUUUCUCGCACGUGUCUGCCCAACCUCACUUGGAGUGGAUUUCAACCUGAGUGCAUCGCUCACCACUGCAGCCAGCCAGAGCUGCCAGCCCAAUCGGACGUGCGAGCCAUUGAACUGCCAUCCCUUGGCUACACGCUGAUCUAUACGUGCCAACCCGGAUUUUACUUGGCCGAAGGAUCAGAGCAUAGGACCUGCAAGUCCGAUGGGAGCUGGACUGGGAAACCACCUCUCUGUGCAGCUGAUAACCGUCCGAGUGGUAAGAGCCCCGUGGGGACAGUGCAGGAGCCUCCUUCCAAAUUACCAGUACCGGGUGGGGUAUUUGCAAAGAACUCUCUCUGGAGGGGAUCCUAUGAGUAUUUGGGGAAGAAGCAGCCAGCUAUGCUCAGCAUCACUGCCUUUGAAUCUUUUAGCAACCGAGUGAACGGAACAUUACUUGACCACAGUGGCGUGGAGCUCAAACUCGCCGGUACUUACAAAAGAGAAGAAGCCCAGCUACUUCUUCAGGUACACCAAAUCCGAGGCCCCGUGGAGAUAUUCGUCAACAAGUUCAAAAUCGACAAUUGGGCUUUGGAUGGACACGUGUCCUACAUCUCUUCAUCCAACUCCUUUGUGUACCAAGGAUUUGUCCGUGGUAAAGGCUUUGGACAGUUUGGUCUGCAGAGAUUGGAGAGUUUAGAUCCCAGCAGAGACAACACGGCCUACAAUUUUGCCUCCAACAGCAGUUCAGUGGCAGCCGCCAUAUUAGUGCCUUUUAUAGCCAUGAUCAUCGCAGGCUUCGCCCUGUACCUCUACAAACAUAGAAGAAGACCCAAUGUCCCUUUCAAUGGUUACGUGGGCCAUGAGAACACCAACGGACGGGCUACAUUUGAGAACCCCAUGUACGAUCGGAACAUUCAGCCUACUGACAUCAUGGCUAACGAGGCGGAGUUCACAGUUAGCACAGUGUGCACAGCUGUAUAGCGACAGCUUCAACUCAAGUCAAGGGAGGAGCGGUGUGCUCGAUCUUCUUGGACAUCUCUCCGUACUUCCUUGAGCAAAGGGGGCAAGACAAAAAAUAUUUUAGUCACUGAAAAACAGUCAGGAAACAACUCAGUUGGAGGAAACUAUGCUCCUAUAAAUGAAACAACGCAGCAAUUCUUCAACAACAAAAUGCUUCAUUGUGACUGGAUAACUUCUUACCCCAUCUUGAGGAAACGUUUGCACCUCAACGUGCAUUCCGAGAGAAAGUAAAUGCUGGAAGCAAAGCUGUGACCACUCUACCGCCUAAACCCAAAGGGAAUUUCAAGACUUGAAACUGUUGAGAUAACAUACAAGUCAAGCUAACGGCAGACAGACAUUAUUCAUUGUUUUCAUUUGUUUGUUUAUAUUUGCGUUCGCCCUUUACGCUGCUUGCAUUCUUUGAUGAGGAAUUUUGUGUUGAGUUCACCACGCUGGGCAGUGGAGACUGCAAAGGGCUGCAGAAAAAGCACUUAGUGUUUUGUUGGUAUCUGCAACCUGACCCCCAGUCGGUAUUUUUAUUUAGCGUACUGAGUUCUCUUUAUUCUUCAAGGAAUAAUAGUCAGAUUUUACAUAAACAUCAGUCACAACUUUCUCUUUGGUCCUCAUGGAUGUAGCUCAACAUGCUAAGCGCUAAUGUCACGUUGUUCUUUUUGAGACCAUAUACUAGUUGACAUGGACGUGUUCAACAAAAGGUAUUACGCGGAUGAAUCGGUGAUUAACGUCAGGCGGAUUACUUUGUGAUCUUUCCCCGAAGCUAACUUCUGGCAGCUCCGAAAAAAAAAAACCAUUGAGAUGAUUUGUUUUGUCCUGACUUUCCA